GUGCGCAUGCGUGAGAGGUAGUGAUCCGUCUCGUCCACAGAGGAUCUUUGGCCCGCUGCCUGCGUGCCCCUGCAGUGUGUGCGUGCUGCUCGUCCUCAUCAUCAACAACAACAACAACCGGACAAAGUGUGUACCGGAUCCCGGCGCUGACACACCCGGAGGAACACGCUCGCACCGGGUCUACCGGGUCUACCGGGUCUACCGGGUCUCUGUGACGAUGGCGGAAACGGUGAAGUACGUGGACGAUGAACAUAAGAGCAUAUUCUUGAAGCUGCUGAACGAACAGCGUCUGGAGGGCGAGCACUGUGACAUUGCAGUCGUGGUCGAAGACGUCAAGUUCAGAGCUCACCGUUGUGUGCUUGCCGCCUGCUCCAACUACUUCAAAAAACUCUUCAAAAAACACGAGGUGGAUAACUCUUCAGUGAUAGAGAUCGAUUUCAUUCGCUCAGAUAUCUUCGAGGAAGUGUUGAACUACAUGUACACCGCCAAAAUUUCUGUCAAAAAGAGAGACGUCAACCUAAUGAUGUCAUCAGGUCAGAUCCUCGGCAUCCGCUUUCUCGACAAGCUCUGCUCCCAGAAACGAGACAUGUCGUCAGAGGACAAAGAGAAGUUUCCUUAUGACAUAGUAAAGAUGGCGCUGCCACCCGAAGCCCAGCUCGCCGCUGACUCCGAGGUGCUCGGGGAGCAUGAUGACACACCGACCACAGAUGAUCUGGUCGAGGCAUCAUCCAAUCAGGAGCUGGAUAAGUCUCCAAGUGCAGCACUGCGUGUUCAGGAAGCGAUCUUGAAAGAACUGACCAAUGAGGACGUACACAAGGUGACUUGCUACGACCAGGAUGUGGUUACAGAGUUGGAGGCGGAGCCUAAAGACUUGGGGGCAGAGCACCACGCCACACAGACGCUCACAUUUACAGACAGCAUGGGGGAGGUGAAGGACGAGCAGCCACCUGGCUGGUCUAACACCACGGCUGACAUGAAGUUUGAAUAUCUGCUUUACGGAACUCGCGAGCAGCUCGCCUGCCAGGUGUGCGGAAAGACCUUCCUGGAUGAGAGCAGGCUCAGGAAACAUGAGAAGCUUCACUCGGCCGAGCGUCCAUUCGCCUGUGAGAUCUGCUCCAAAGCUUUCACCACCCAUGCUCACCUGAAAGAACACCUGAAGAUUCACACCGGCUUCAAACCAUACAGGUGUGAUGUUUGUGGGAAAUCAUUUAUUCGAGCUCCGGACCUGAAAAAACAUGAACGAGUUCACAGCAACGAGAGGCCGUUCGCCUGUCAGAUGUGUGACAAGGCGUUUAAACACAAAUCUCACCUGAAGGAUCACGAGCGGAGACAUCGAGGAGAGAAACCGUUCGUCUGUCCGUCCUGCACUAAGGCCUUCGCCAAGGCGUCAGAUCUGAAACGUCAUGAGAACAACAUGCACAGUGAGAGGAAGCAGCUGAACCCUCUGCAGAGCGACACGGAAACGCUGCAGGCCGCCGCCAUGGCUGCCGAGGAGCAACACCUGGACGCCAUCAGCUGCUCCUAGCACCUCCUCCUCUUCCUCUUCUCCUCUUCCUCCUCCUCUCCUCCUCUUCUUCUUCCUCUCCUCCUCUCCUCUUCCUCU